AUGAAAAUCUCAACUAUAAUAUUUGCUUCAAUAAUUGCCGGUGCUUUGGCCCAAGAAUCUCCAUUCAGGUGGUUCUCCAAAAGAUCUUGUGAUGAUUGCAACGAAGCUCAAGAUUUCCUAGUAGAACAAUGUCCAGAAGAUCUAUAUGCCGUAGAAAAAAAAGCUGAAUUAUUGGAAUGUCUUUGCGACCUUCCAAUUGAAUACUUUGAAACAUUGGUAAUUUGCAUGUCCAGUUGUGAAGACUUAGAUCUUUCGGAUCAACUCAUCUCGUUUGACGCCGAGGAAUUGAAUGGGUAUUAUUGUGAUGCUGCCCAGCAAAUUAAAACUUAUACUGGAGAUCUUGCUGAUUUUACAUAUUCUCUAGAAGAAGAAAACGACACCUCAGUUCCGGAAGAAGAAAGCAACACCUCCGUUCAGAAAGAAGAAAGCGACACCUCAGUGGUGGAUUCUGAUUCAACGACAACUGCAGGCAGUACAACUAGCAUGACUGCAUCGUCCACCAAUUCUGCUGCUACUUUCGGAGUUGCCUCGAUUCUUGUUUUGUUUGCCUUGUCGAUGUUGUAA